AUGCUUGAGCUGGCAGUUGAAUCAUGGAUAUGGUUCGCCUUCGUCAUGGCCGUUGCCAUCGCCCGCUUCGUCUCACGAACCCUCCUACUCGGGUCUCCUAAGAAGCUUCAAGUGGACGACUGGGUCAUGAUCUUUGCUCUGAUCACCUACACCACCAUGAUUGUCUCGAUUAACAUCGUGGCCGACUACAAUAGCAAUCUGCUACCUCCCGACUUUGACGCGAGCACCCUCACGAACGAGGACAUCGACGAGCGGGAGUACGGAAGCAAGAUGAUCUUAGUAGUCGAACAAUGCCAAAUAGUGACUAUCUGGGCCGUCAAGGCGUGUCUGCUGAUCAUGUACUACCGUCUCACUGUAGCGCUGAAGGAAAACCUCACCAUAAAGAUCCUUGCUGGCUACGUCGCCUUUGCCUUCGUGCUUAUGGAGAUCCUCUAUCUCGGCGUCUGGUGCAGACCCUUUAGCGACUACUGGGCUGUGCCAACGCCAAACGUCCAAUGCAACGCCGCGACCAACCACCUCAUCACCAAUGCCGUCUUCAACCUCUCCUCCGACCUUAUCCUCCUCACCAUGGCGCUCCAGAUGCUGAUCCGCAGUCGCCUGCCCCUCCGUCGGAAGCUGAUCCUGUGCUGCGUGUUCGGCCUCGGCAUCUUCGUUAUCCUCUCCGCAGUCCUCAACAAAUACUACUCCUUCUCCCAACCCUUCGGCAGCAUGUGGACCUUCUGGUACGUCCGCGAAGCCAGCACCGCUCUCCUCGUCGGCAACCUUCCCUUCACCUGGACGCUACUGCGGCGCGUCUUCAAGCUCAACGCCUUCGAGAACAGCAGCCGGAACAACAGCGCGACCGGACCGCCAUCGGUGAGAUACCACACAUCGCGGACCGCGCGGAGCAGGAGAAGCUGGCACCGGCCGUCGCAGGCUGAGGGCACAGAAACCGACGCAGGAAGCGGGAGCAGGAAGUGCAGCAAUGGGAGCACGAGCGGGGGGACAAGCACGAGCGGCAGCGUGGCGGAUCAGAACAGGAGGCCGUCGGCGGUGGCUGCGUCCGGACGAACAUGGCGAGACCAGAAUUUGUUCGGCAGGGCGGACGCCGAGGCGCUCGAGCCGUGGGAUUACUGCGAAGAUAUCGAGAUGGGGAUGGAGCGCGCGCAUCUUGCACCGGAGAGGACGAGGCACCUGGAGCCGUGGGAGAGCGAUUUGUGCGCUGUCAGUCUGCGGAGUUCGGUGUCUGGGCGUGUGGAUUCGUUGAUGCCGUUGCGAUGA